UAAUAGCACGAAAAUCAUGACGUUUUACGCAUACCAAGGACGCUAUAGUGCGAAAGUGCGUGCUCUUUCAUGUUUUCAUUUGCCUUCAUCUUAUGCGAUCGCUCAAGAAUAUUGAAAAUAAUUUAGCAAGGCUGAAAUGGAAGGAGCGUACAGCAGUGAUGCUAUGAUGCGGCAAGCCCAACAGGUGUGGUCCAUGCUUGAUGACAUGGCCGAUAACGACCCAAAAGCCUAUAAGGCUUUUAUAGAUAAGCAGGCAUCUGAAAGAAAGGAGUUCAUGGCUCCACCUGAGUCUUGUAUGUGUGUUCAGACUCAGAUGGUGAAGCCAAAAAGUGUAAAGUUCUUCAUCAACUUUUGCUCUUGGAAGAGAAUUCCUCCACCUGCCGAUGCAGAAGAACCUGUGAAAGUGGCUGGUAGUGCGAUAGGCAAUGAUGAUGGAGGUUCUGCAGCAGUUACAGCAGUAGCUUUCAACGAGAAAAUCUUGAAGGAAUAUGGGAAAAAUGCAACAAAUACAGCAGAUCAGGAUAUUCUCAUACAGAUAGCCAUGGACUUCAUUGAAAAACAACAUCCUCAUGUAACACUGAACAGAAAAUAUAAAAUACUGGAGAGAUCACACAAAGGCAGUUUGAAAUUAAUUCAAGAAAGUUUAUUCCAAGCUUUCCAGACUAAGGAUAAGAAGCAUGAGGAGAACUUGGAACAUGUGAUGAAACAAUUUGCUCCCGCUACUCUGGAAACUCCAGACAUGCUUCUUAAACAGCUUUAUAACCAAGACGAUAAUAAUGAUAAUGAAAUAAACAAAGGUGCAGAUAGUGUUUCAGGUAAACUUUCAGGAAUAACACUGAAUACAAAACCUGUGGGGAAGGGUCUGAUUGAGGAAGUGUCUAACACUACAGUGACAUUACCUGAACCUGUGUAUGACUUAAGUUUAGUUCAGACAGAUUUAAAAUCUACAAAAAGUUUCCUUUUGAAAAUAAAGUUACCUGGUGUGAAGUCUGUUAAAGAAUGUGAACUGGAUAUAUCAAAGGAAGAAGUCUUGCUGGUUGUAGACGGAAUGUACGAGCUGAAGCUGACUUUGCCGAGUCCAAUUGUCUGUUCACAAGCUGCUGCAAAAUUUAUCAAAAAAUCCUCAGUUCUGACAGUAAACAUGCCAAUAAAUAAGUAGCACUAAGUCAAAUUUUAAAUUCAAGGUGGUCAGCCUCAGGUGGGUUAGGGACAUGUAAUGGAUUGGAAACUUUUGCCGCUGAUCAUUUAAGCUUAUUAGUCUCCAGUCCAAAUCCAUUACUGUAGUUACCUCCCCUAGCGUUCUGUCCAAAAGUCACAAGCAACGGCUGUUAAAAAUCAGAGUAACCCAGGUACUUCAGUCUUCCAAACAUGGUUGUUAACACUGUGAUGAUCUAAUGGUGAAAAGAAAAAUACUUGGGAAUAGCAAAUUUUUUCUUAUGCAUAUUUUGUGCAACAUGUCACCUCAUGAACAUUUCGCAGUACUCGGAAGAAGUUGUUGUACUAAGGGUUAAAGGCUAGUUUUGUAAAUGUGUCAGUAUUUCAAUGUUGAAAGAGUUAUAGCUCUUAAAUGCCAUUUUUGGAGAGGAUGGUGCAAGUGCAUGUGAGGCCCAAGUCUCACCAGUACUACUCGGAAAAAGUAUAUUGGAUGAUUUGACCUCACAACAUGACUUGCACUAUAGUUAUUAUUAUUGUUAUACCAGAUUUAUAUAGCGCCCUUUCAUGAUAAACACGUUCAAAGGUGCUUUACAUAUAGCAAAUGCAGCCACACAGGCUGCAGAAUUCAUCCUCUACUAAUACAGACACAGAGCGAUCUGACCAGAGGGACAGAGUGAGAUAGAGCCCCCAGAACAGAUACAGAGAAAUCCUUUCUAAAUACAGGCCAGUCUGGCUAACUUAGCCCAGCUCUUUGCGAAUAGACAGUUUGGUGGUGUAUAGCACCGAUACAUGUGAAGCCGUCUUUCCUGGGAAGAACCAGUACAGGCCUCUUAGGUGGGAGACAUUCAAAAGCAUCCCAGAAAUUUCCAGUGCUUGGACCAAGAUUUGAAUCUCGGAUCUCUGGACCACUAGAAUGUCUGGCAUAUGUUUGUAGCAGCCACCACUCCUGCAUGUAUUUUGCCCUCUGUUGCUGCCUGUUUUAUUCAGUUCAACUUUUUGAUACACUUGCUUUUUGUGUUUCCUGUAAUGCUUUUUAUAUUGCUUUUAUGAUAUUUUUCUUCUCCUUCUAUCACUGGUGCCCUUUGUGCUUUCUCUAUUUUAUAAUUUACCAUAGGAAAGCCUAUCUGUUGUCAACUGGACGAGUACACUGGUUGGACAGCAAGAGCCUUGUGAUUGCUCGAGAACAAAUUUUGUUUUUGUUUUAAGACAUAAUUAUAUAUGUACUUAAAAAGUGAUUUAUACUGUGGUCUCUUUGCAAUUAAAAAUUUAUGUAUUGUGCAUUUUGUUAAAAAUGGUUAAGUUCUUUUGGCGGUACCUCUAACUAUACACAGUAGUGCAGUUGAUAAUAAUUUCAUUGAAUAAGCUCUCAUGUGAUACUUGCUCUCUUUAUUUUAUUUUUAUAUUUAUAAAUAUUUAAUUAUUUAAACUCCUGGUAUUUUAUGAAUUAUGCAGACUAUUAUGUGGAAAUUUGUAUUAAACUAUGUACCAAUGAAUCACUUUACGUACAGCUCUUAUAUAUUUAUUGCUAGUUGUUUGUACUAGUUUUCAGUAGUCUGUUGAGCUGAAGUUGUAUUGUUUAUAUGCCGACUUAAAAUAAAACUUAUCUUAGACCACCGGCCCUUCAUAGUUUUUCAAAGUAGUUAUCCACAAAAUAAUAAUCUUUAAGCUGUCUUCAGCCAUUAAACUUCAUAGAACAACUGUCGAUGACCUUUAUUGAAUUUUGGAGUCAAAGGUCAAGGUCAUACUGACAUUAAACCUACAGCUAUCAAAAUUUAUAGGAGAUUGCUAGGGUUGCUUUAGAUCAAAGGUCAAGGUCACAAUGACCUUCAGAGUGAUUUACAGGAAACAGUUGAUCAAGUAUGGUGGUCUGAAUGUAGCAUAAUCAUAUGUGAAUAUGUUGCUGCAAUCACAAUUUCAUGUAUGCUGCAACUAUCAUGAAGCUGUAUGGUUGCUUGUUAUAGACAUAAUAUACAUAAAAGAUGAUGCAAGCCAAUUACACAUUUAUACAUGUAUGUAUUAUCUACCUUUUUUCAUAAUUAUUAUAAAAGCAUUUAUGUCUCUGGAAAGAUAAGAGUCAUUUGUGAUGUGCCUGACGAAUUUGUACUGAAUACUUAAAAAUGUUAAAUUGUCUAUAAAUAAAGAAAUAUAAAUUGA